GAGGGAACGCGGCUGGGCCGUCCGAUCCGGUGCCCUAGCCCCCGCGCCACUAUAAAACCAGCCCCCUCUCUGCCCAUUUCCAUUUUCAUCUACCACAGCGCGACACCCCUUUUGUUUCCUAUCGCUCACCCGGGCGGCCCACUCCCAUCUGUGAGCAACCAACCUUGUGAUCCAGGCAUGAGAGAGAUCCUCCACAUCCAGGGCGGCCAGUGCGGCAACCAGAUCGGCUCAAAGUUCUGGGAGGUGGUCUGCGACGAGCAUGGCAUCGACUCCACCGGCCGCUACGUCGGCACCUCCGACCUCCAGCUCGAGCGCGUCAACGUCUACUACAAUGAGGCUUCCUGCGGUCGCUUCGUGCCCCGCGCCGUGCUCAUGGACCUCGAGCCCGGCACCAUGGACAGCGUCCGCACGGGGCCCUACGGCCAGAUCUUCCGCCCCGACAACUUCGUCUUCGGUCAGUCUGGCGCUGGGAACAACUGGGCCAAGGGCCACUACACCGAGGGCGCGGAGCUCAUCGACUCCGUGCUCGAUGUCGUGAGGAAGGAGGCUGAGAACUGCGACUGUCUCCAAGGUUUCCAAGUUUGUCAUUCCCUUGGAGGAGGCACUGGAUCUGGAAUGGGCACCCUCCUGAUCUCAAAGAUCAGGGAGGAGUACCCUGAUCGGAUGAUGCUUACAUUUUCUGUCUUCCCUUCACCAAAGGUUUCAGACACUGUUGUUGAACCCUACAAUGCAACCCUGUCUGUCCACCAGUUGGUGGAAAAUGCUGAUGAGUGCAUGGUUCUUGACAACGAGGCACUUUAUGACAUUUGCUUCCGUACCCUGAAGCUGACCACUCCUAGCUUUGGUGACCUGAACCACUUGAUCAGUGCGACAAUGAGCGGUGUCACUUGCUGCCUUCGCUUCCCAGGCCAGCUGAACUCUGACCUUCGCAAGCUUGCAGUCAACUUGAUCCCCUUCCCUCGUCUUCAUUUCUUCAUGGUUGGCUUUGCGCCACUCACCUCGCGUGGCUCACAGCAGUACCGAGCCCUUACUGUCCCGGAGCUCACCCAGCAGAUGUGGGAUGCCAAGAACAUGAUGUGUGCUGCUGACCCCCGCCAUGGCCGCUACCUCACGGCCUCUGCCAUGUUCCGUGGCAAGAUGAGUACCAAGGAGGUUGAUGAGCAGAUGAUCAACGUCCAGAACAAGAACUCGUCCUACUUCGUGGAGUGGAUCCCCAACAACGUGAAGUCCAGCGUGUGUGACAUCCCACCGCGUGGCCUCACCAUGGCCUCUACCUUCAUCGGCAACUCCACCUCGAUCCAGGAGAUGUUCCGCCGUGUGAGUGAGCAGUUCACUGCUAUGUUCAGGAGGAAGGCUUUCUUGCACUGGUACACCGGCGAGGGCAUGGACGAGAUGGAGUUCACCGAGGCGGAGAGCAACAUGAACGACCUGGUGUCCGAAUACCAGCAGUACCAGGAUGCCACCGCCGACGAGGAAGGUGAAUACGAGGAUGAAGAGGAAGCGGUCCAGGACGAGUAACGGGUUUGGAUCCGGUUGCCUGUUGUGCUCUCUGUAAUCUGGUUUGCUUUAAACUGGAGCUUGCGUGUGUUUGGUUAUCUUUAUUCGGUAUGUCAUGUUGAGUAUGUAGUACCUAUGUGGUAGCAUGGUACUACCACUUAUCCUGUUUCACCGCCAGAAAGACAUGUUCUAAGCCGCGUAUAUGGGAGGAGUAUUGGGUUAUUGUA